AUGGGGAAAGCGGCGGAGGCGCAAACGUCAAGACUGUCGGCGUCCAGGCUCGACGGCGACACCACAUCCUCGGCAGUGUCAAUGCUAGAGAAAGAAACAGGUGACCACUGGGCUCCGAGGGAAGGAGAAGGCGAGCCGACACAGGAUGCGGAAAACCAAGAGCCAUCGGCGUCCUCGUCGACGGAGAUCAUAGCGGCGGAAAAUGUCGAGAACACCGACUACGUGACGGGGUAUAAGCUCGGGCUCCUGCUUGUCAGCGUCACCACCUUCUUCUUCCUGCUCAUGCUGGAUAUGUCAAUCAUCAGCACGGCCAUCCCACAGAUCACUUCGGAUUUCCAUAGUUUAGAGGAUAUCGGGUGGUACACAGGUGCCUAUCAGCUUACUAGUGCCACGCUACAGCCCCUGACCGGUAGGGUGUAUACUCGUGUUAGCGCGAAAUGGGUGUUCCUCUUCUUCUUUUUCAUCUUCGAGGUUGGCUCGCUACUAUGCGCCGUCUCCCAAUCUUCCGUCAUGUUUAUUAUCGGACGAGCCGUCGCCGGGAUGGGUAGCUCAGGACUCCAGAACGGCGCCUUAACUGUCAUUUCCGGUGCCGUGCCCAUGGAAAAGCGUCCGAUUUAUAUGUCUAUCAUGAUGGCCUUCGGGCAGACGGGACUCAUCACAGGUCCGUUAAUCGGAGGUGUGUUCACGCAGUACGUGACUUGGCGGUGGUGCUUCUACAUCAACUUGCCACUCGGUGGUCUUGCUGGGCUUUUUCUUUCCGUCUUGCACGUGCCGGACCAAACCUCCAAGCCGCGAGUCUCCUUCAAACUGCUCCGCGAGAUCAUUCCGGACCUUGACCUCGUCGGCUUUGCCAUAUUCGCACCGGCCGCCAUCAUGUUCCUGCUGGCUCUGCAAUUCGGCUCUUCCGAGUACCCCUGGAGCUCGUCGACCGUCAUUGGCUUAUUCGUGGGCGCAGGGGUGGCAUUCCCUAUCUUCCUGUACUGGGAAUAUCGCGAAGGCGACAAGGCGAUGAUUCCCUUCUCCAUGAUACGCAAGAGGAUCGUGUGGGUUAGCACUCUCCAGUUCACCGGUUUGGCGACGAGCGUCUUCAUCGGUGCCCAGUUCCUCCCCAUCUACUUCCAAUCCGUCAAGGGAGUAGGACCGACCUUGAGCGGUGUCUAUAUGUUGCCGAAUAUCUUGUCUAGCGUGUUAUUUAUCGUUAUGUCCGGAGCACUGAUAACGCGACUUGGCUACUACCUCCCUUGGGCAGUGGUGGCUUCGGCGGGAACUACCGUCGCCGCCGGCCUCAUCUCAACCUGGGCUCCCGACACCGAGACGGGGCUAUGGAUCGGCUACCAGAUCAUCUACGGGCUCCGUGGCUGUGGUAUCCAGGUCGGUCUAUUCGCGCUUCAAUACGCCCUUCCGCCCGCCCAGAGCGCCCUCGGGACCGCGUUCCUCAUCUUCUGCCAGAACUUCUCGGCCGCGGUCUUCGCCGUGGUCGGAAACACCAUAUUCACGCAGACGCUGCUGAAGGAAAUCGUGAGACUGGCACCCUCCGUGGACCCCCAGGCAGCCCUCGCGGCGGGCGGUAGCGCGGAAGCGGUCCGAUCCUUGGUGCCGCAGGGAAGUCCCGAGCUGGCGGGCGUGAUUCAAGCGUUUGCCACAGCUUUCGACACGGUGUGCUACAUGCUAAUAGCUUGUGCCGGGUUGAGUUUUGUGGCCUCGUUCGGGAUGGGUUGGGUAGAUGUGAGGAAGAAGAAGGAGCCUGAGAAGGGAGACGUGUAAGAGAAGCGUGAACUUCAAGAUUCGGAGCGAUGCGUUGGUUGAACUGUAUAUAUAUAUAAUCUCAUAGCGAUGGAUUGUUCAUAGGCAUUGGUUACAUACUCGGAACUCGGUAGAGGCGCUGGUAUAAAACGGAUCGUAUGCAUGGAUACAAUAGGAUACCGUAGGAAACCUACCCCCUUCAACCUCGGCAUAUAUAUACACUAGUAAGUUAGAGCCUCGGAAUACCUAGGUACUCAAUAGUAUAUAUGUUUCGAUCGGCAAAUAUCAGAUUUCUCAUGACCGUAACAAGCUUCUUCGGUAACCUUUUGAAAUUUUUGAAUCUAAUCGCAUUUGAAAGCAUUGUUAGAGACGUGGAAUGCUUGCUUUUGAAAUUUAUAGAUAGAGUGGUGUGUGUGAGCUGCUGACGCGUUAUUGAUGAUGAAGAUGAAGAAUUCGUCUACGUCCAUAGAACGUCCUCUACUUGGGUACAGUACAUGUCUACUUGAAAGCUGAGGCCGUCGGCGCAUAUGUACCUAUAUCUGUCGCAUGGGAUAUCUGCCUGGAGUACGCCUAACGCAUUAUUUAGGAUGGCGCGUAAAUUGAAAAAGGCAGCAAGGUUCCCUAUUGGCGGCACACCGUUAAUACUGCAGUUGGAUGGUUAGAUACAGCCACGCACCACGCCAACAUGCGACAUAACCAGCUUCAACAGCUGCCACGUCUCCCCAUAAUAAUGUUUUACGGCCAAUCAAUC